AAGGAAAGGAAAACGUACCGCGCACUCACACAAGCAAAGCCAUAGCGCUAUCUCUUUCGGGCUCGUUUAUUAUCCAAGGCAACGGCCACUCAGCACCAGUCGUCGUUUCAUUCGCGUACGCGGCAGUAAUUAUUUAAUUUUUCGUAUUUUCCACAAGCGUUCCGAUUGACUGUCGAUAAAAGUUCAGUAUUUCCUUUGCGGAACAGUCUCUCGUGUGUUUGCCGAUAGAUAAAAAGUUUAUUGUUUGAAUUAGUGAGAAUCAGAAACAGUUCGUGCAAAAAUGGCCUCAGGAGUGACCGUAUCAGAUGUGUGCAAAACGACAUACGAGGAAAUCAAAAAAGACAAAAAACACCGCUAUGUCAUAUUCUACAUCCGCGACGAGAAACAGAUCGACGUGGAGGUGAUCGGUGACCGCAACGCCGAGUACGAUCAAUUCCUCGAGGACAUCCAGAAGGGUGGACCAGGCGAGUGCCGAUAUGGACUGUUCGAUUUCGAGUACAUGCACCAGUGCCAAGGCACUUCGGAAAGUUCCAAGAAGCAGAAGCUGUUCCUGAUGUCCUGGUGUCCAGAUACCGCUAAGGUCAAGAAGAAGAUGUUGUACUCUAGCUCCUUCGACGCUCUGAAGAAGUCGCUCGUUGGCGUCCAGAAGUAUAUUCAGGCUACCGAUCUCUCUGAAGCAUCCCGGGAAGCUGUCGAAGAGAAGCUGCGCGCUACUGAUCGUCAAUAAGCUUAUCCAUACUUAAGAUUACGCACACAACUACAACAACAACAAGAAAGGAAGAGAAACCUACAGCAGAUUAGCCGACAACAUAACAGACGAAACCAACUCACACAUACAGAUUACACCCACACACACCCACACACUGAACUAUCCAACAAACAACAGCAGGAACAUGUAAGGAGUGAAUGUCAUUUGAAGAACAAUGGAAACAUAUAAUAAAGCCAACCAACUAACUAAACAGUAAACCACAAACACGUGAAACUGUUCUGAACAUAUCUGAAUCCCGAGUGGUUUGGAUUGUUCUAAAGCAAAACCCAGGAACAUCCUUUUGCGCGAUUGCUUUGUAGUCUCGGGACGGGCGAGAGAGCUCCGGUUAUCGUCAUUCAGAAGCAAAAUUUCGGACUCAGUCGUAUAGCCAACUAGCAGUCAGUCAGUCAGGAUCAGGAGUGUGUAGUAGAAAGAUUAAGUGGCAAGGGUUCAGGGAAAAAGAACGAAUCAUUGGAACAUUAAUAUUGCAUGCGAACCGUUUUUUUUUUUCUUUUGAUUGGUAUGGCAAGGGAGACGAAGGGGGAAGCGUUUCUUAGCAAGCAUUUAUUUCAGCGUGUGUUUAAUCAUUGACCUUUCGGGAGCUCCCUUGCACAUUUCGCUGCUCCUUUUCCCUUGCGUGUGUGUGCGCGGUCAUCAUCAGGAAUUACAAAAAAUAAAAUAAAAUAUUGACAUACAGCAAAAAUUCAGAAAAAAGUAACGAACAAUCGUAUUACAGUUAUGAUUAAUUUAAAUUAAAACAAUAAAAUACUAAUAAAGAUAAA